AUUGGACUGAGCAGAACAAGAAUCAAACCCGAGUCCUGGAGGGCUGGUGACACUGAACACUGAGCUCCCGCUGAAUGAACACUCAGAUAUCUCAGGUGUUGUGACUCAGUGGUAUUUUGUUCUCAGUGUUGUGUGAAGUCACAGCACUUUGAAUGUCUUUAGUCAUCUGAUUUAUGUUUUUAUUGUAUUUAUGUUUUUUGCUGCCAUGUUGUAAGACUGAGGCUAGCCUGGGUGAGUGGAGACACAACAGCUGCCUGUGUUACACUCUGCUUUACGGAGACAGUGAAUGCAGCACGAAGGAGCGACACAUUGAGCUUUGACACAAGCUGAUGUGAGCCUCCGAGUUUGUGUUAUAAUCUUUAUAUUUCUGUGUGCUCAUUAAACCUCCUGAAGCUCCUGAAAUCUUUUGGAACAGGAGGUUUUAAAGAUUUACAUCUUCAGGAUUAAUCAGUUAGCCACAGACAGGAAGUCAGGCUGAAGUGUCAGAUGGACCACCGUGAACAUCUGAUGACUGUAAAAAAUACAGAAUAUCAUCACAGUAAAACUUUAAUGAUCUGAAGCUGUAAUGAAGUCAUCACUCACCUUGGCAGCUGAAGCUGAGUUCAGCCCGACUCCAAACAGAACCACCAAUAACAGCAUCAUCACCUGUCUGUCUGUCUGUCUGCAGGCUCACCUGCUGUAUUUAUACUCUGAUGAAACCUCUUAUCUCCUACAGCUGUGCUGGAGGCAGCUCAGCUUUAAAGGUGUUCAUCAUGUCCAGGGAGCAGGUGAGUAUCAGUGAGCUCCUGCUCUCAUUGGACAGUUCAGAGCUGCAGGAGGCGGAGCAAGUCAGAGCAGUCGUCAACCAGCAGCUAUGUACAGACAGAGGAGGCGCUGUCCUCUCCUCUCUGGUGGAGUAUUACCUGGACUCCUCCUCCUCUCAGGUGGUGCUGCUCCUGUCCUCCAUCAGAGAGCCUCAUCACAAGACUCUGCUAGAGAAGCUCAAUGAGUCUCUGAGCAGACCUGGAUCCAGACCGGCUGCUCUGACUCUGCUGGGUCACCUGAUCAGGAAGCAGCCGCCCUGGGUUCAUCACAUCAGUCGCUCGCCACUGCUGCCCUCGCUGCUGCGCUGCCUCAAGACGGACACCGACGUGGUGGUCCUGAUCACUGGAGUCCUGGUCCUCAUCACUCUGUUACCCAUGAUCCCUCAGGCUGGGAAACAACACAUCUAUGACUUCUUCGACGUGUUCGGACGCCUCGCCUCCUGGAGCUACAGAAACCCUGGUCAUGUCCCAGUGGCUCACCUGGUCCACCUCCAUGCAGGUGUGUACUCUCUGUUCCACCGUCUGUACGGGAUGUUCCCCUGUAACUUCAUCUCCUACCUGAGGCUGCACUACAGCAUGAAGGAGAACCUGGACACAUUCCAGGAGGUCGUCAAGCCCAUGUUGGAGCAUGUCAGGGUUCACCCAGAGCUGGUCACAGGGACUCAGGACUGUGAACUGGACCCGACCAGGUGGAGGUGUUAUGAGGUCCAUGACAUUGUGAUAGAGUGCUCUCGCGUGUCUCUGGAUCCUCUGGAGUCGUCCUUUGAGGAGGAGAUCUACUCCUCCCUCAGAGAGCCUCCUCCCUCCCCCUCCCCCUCCCCCGGACCUCCCUCACUGUCCUCCCCCCUCCCCCAGCUCAUCCUCCCCUCAGAGAGUGUCAGCAGCUCAGGAAGUUCAGUCUGUCCUCCAUCUGGAGGUCUGAGUCAGCUGACCCUCAACAGCUCCUACAUGCAGGCUGAUGAUGUCACAUGGAGCCCCUCCUCACAUUGCGGUUUGUCGACGCCCCCUCCUGAGCCUGCUGCUACAGGCUCCGCCCACACACUGAGCAGGACUGCCUCCAUCUCAGGUGUGAAAUGUCCCUCCUCAGCCACCGUCCCAGUGACGUCACUGACUGAAGAGAUCCAAGAUGGCGCUUUGACUCCUGACAACAACAACCAGGUGAAGCCGGUCCCAGAUCUUGACAGGUCAUCCUCCUUCCAGCCAAUCACAGAGAAGGAGGGAGGAGGGCAGAGUGAUGUCAUCGUCCACAGUGAAGAGGUCGCCUCCCAGCAGCCCCCCUCCUCCUCCACCUCCUCCACCUCCUCCACCUCCUCCUCCCAGCCCAUCCUCCUCACCUCCACCCCGUGUCGUGAUGAGGCCUCGUCAGGUCCGGUCCUCCGCCCUCCUCCCUGCUCCAUCUCUCUCUGCUUCACCCCCCCUAACCCCUUCACAGAGAACGGAGGCUCCAUCCUGUUUGGCUCCGCCUACACAGAGCAGAGCCUCACCCCUUCGUAUGAGCACCUGUUUGAGCUGGCCCUGCCCCGAGCCGCCACGUUCUUCAUCGGGAAGAUGACGAAGGAGAUGCUGGAGAGAGCAGCAGGUGAGCAGAAGGAGGGAGGAGGAGGAGAGAGGGAGGACAGGGAGGAGGAGCACACCUCUGUUUCUCCUCUGGAGGUUUUGGACCAGCUGAUCGUCCACGGACAUGAAGCCCACGAAGGCCUCAGCAGGAGGUUGUCAGCAGUGAAUAAGUCGAUGGAUCGGAGUCAUUUUGGAGGUAAACAUCAGAGCAUGAAAACCAAAGGCCCCACCCAGGGGGAGGAGCUUCAGUCUCUGAGGAGUCAGCUGUUACUGGUCCAUAGUCAGCUGCAGUACGAACGAUUCAAACGACAACAACACGCCAUGAGAAACCGCCGCCUGCUGCGGAGGAUCAUCAACGCCACCACGCUGGAGGAGCACAGCGUUGCCAUGAAGGGUCAGCUGGGCGUUCAGGACGAGGAGAUUCGAUCUCUGAAGACAAGUCUGCUGGAAGAACAGAGGAGAUACACACAGCUGCAGCACGACACACACACACACACCGAGCAGCUGCACACACACAUCCAACAACUGCUGCUGCAGCGCCAGGACGAGCAGAGAGACAGCCAGAGACUGAAGAGCGAGCUUCAGGAGUGUCAGAGCAGGUUGAGGGAUCUGGAGGCGGAGCUUCAGAAAGCCAAUAACAAGGCUUACAAUGCAGAACAUCAGUUAACACAGCUGUCACUCAAGCUGUGCAGCAGUGAGCAGCUGCAGCAGCAGAUCUUCCUGUUGAACCAGCAGCUCGUCCUGCUCAGAGACACGAACAGAGGCCUGACCGAACAGCUGGAGGGAGCAGAGACACACUGCUGCACUCUGACUGGUGUUGAGUUCAGGGACCCAUUCUUCACCACACUGAGCUGUGUGUGUCCAUGUCUCCAGGAGGCAUCCAUGCUGCAGUGCAGUGUGGGUAAGGACUACCAGCGACUUAAGGACAGUGAUGUCCUGCAGAGACAGAGGCUGGAAGCAGCCAAUCACAGGAUAGCAGAGCUGGAGAACCAGCUGGCCAAGAAAGACCAGCUGAUCCUGGACCAGAAGGAGCUUCUGGAGGACACGAAGGCCCAGAGCAGGGCGGAGCUGGCGGCCUGUGACAGUCGCUGUGUCGCUCUGAGGAGACUCACUCAGUCGCUUCAGACGGAGAUGCUUCACCUGUACAGUCAGAUCCAGCUGGACUCUCACACACACAGCCGGCCUCAGGACGUCUGCGGCAGGUCAAAUGGCAGCAGCUUCUCUUUACCUGCUCCUCUGGGUGGUCACAUGCCCCGCCCCCCCUCUUCUUCUUCUGUUGGUAUAUUAAACGGAGGUGUGGACACCCUCUCCACCUCCCCCCUGCACCUCCCCUCCUGCUCCUCCUCCCCUCUCUCCCUCUCACCCAUCGACUCCCCCCUGGCCGUUGGCUCCUUCCUGGAGCAGCGUGCACGACAGCUGUUCAGACCAACCAAUCACAGCCAGGAGGAGGAGGGGCAACAGGAAGGGGAGGAGCAAGAGGAAGAGGAGCAGGAGGAUGAGGAUGAGGAGGCCCAGCCAGAGAGUCCUCCUCUGGGUCAGGAAGCAGAGGAGUCCACCCUCCUCACAGGGAGUCCUCAGAUGGAGCCUCAGACCCGGACUUCAGCCUCUGGACCUUCAGCGCCCCCUGCUGACCUGACGCUCGCUGUCCGACGGAGAAGACAUGAACUGAGCAUCAUGGACUACGAUGAGACGCUGCCAGAGUACUGAGGGAGGGAAAGAAGAGAUGCUCCAGGUGUUAGCAGGCUACAGACUCGCCACGCUGACCUCCACCGUCUGAUCUGAACACAUCAGGACCUUCAGUCACCCUUCACAAGGCUAAUCAUAAACUGUAUUAAUACACAGCUGCAGAUCACCUUCUAACUGAACCCUCGAGCUUCAGGAAUGUCAUUCAGAACACAGCUGUUGAGAAUGAUAACCCUGACAGCCACUGUAGCAUGUUACGCUUCAGUUAGCUUACAAGCUAACUCAUUUGUUGCUGAGAAUGUCUUAAGUUGUUUUAGCUUAAACAAUGAAUUCAGAAAUAUGCUGCUAAUGACCUAAUGAGCAGUUAGCUCACAGGCUGUUACACACUAUGUGUAACAAAAAAAUUGAAUAAGUUAAUGUUAUCCAGAUUGACGAAUCAAAAUGACUAGUAUGACUAGCAUUACUAGCUUAAUUUAACCAGUGCCAUUAAACACUGCAGUGGCCUCGAUUCAGCCAACAAUUGAUUUGAUAUAAUUAAUGGACGAAAACAGCAAAUUCACCAAGAUGAUAAACUCAACUAUUUGUCUUAAAUGAUUAGACUAUAGAGCCGAGACUAUACAGCUGUACGAAGUUCAGCACAUCAGAGCAGCUAAAUGCUGCUAACCUAAUCAAUAGUUUCAUGAAUGCAUUUAAACAACUCUGUAAAGAAGUCAAGAUCGACCUUCUAGAUCAGCCAAGCCUACGUUAGCCUGUUAGCUCACAAGCACGAGGCAUUUUGGGGAUAGGAAUAAAAAUAGACUUUACCUCAGAAAAAGAAGUUUAGAUAUGAAUACCUGUCUGAUUAAUUAACAAUCUUAACAUUAACAAUCUAUUUUUCUCUAUCUGUGAAGGAAAUGAGUUCUCAGCUGCGACUGAAGGUCCUGACGUUAAAGAUUCACAGUUGGUUUCCUGUCUGCAGAGAAACUUAUUAAAGCCAAAAAUAAGUUAAGAAGCUAACAGCAGCUGUGCUAAUCAUGCGCUGUUAGCUGUAGCUUCUAACUGCCUUACUUUUGCCCACAAUAAUGUGUUUUUCUACUUUGCAGCUAGCCAUGUGGCUAAUCUGUCAAACACAUCAUCAGAUGACACGCCAGCAUCAGAACACUAGCUAUCUUCCUCAGGAUCUUCAUCAGUUGAUGAGCAACCUUAUUGAUUAUUCCCAAUUAAAUUUUCUUUUUGUCCUACAGAGGCAGCAGAUUCAGCUUUGCACCGUCAUAUCUGACAUAUUAACAUUUUAAAGUAGUAGUUUUAUAAGUAUUUGUGGCUAACAUGUUAGCAAACAGCUGCUGACUCCGAACACUAUUGUGGGGUUCCUCAGGGGUCUAUUCUCGGUCCUUCAUAAUUUGAAUUUUCAUAAAACAUGCCAAUGUAUUUGUCUGUCAACCUUCAGGCCUCUUCUUCUUUCCCACAUUCAUUUCUGAAGUGUGAACCCAACAUUCAGCCGCUGAGAUCCCAAAAACCUGCAGUCACCAGCCUAUAUCCUGUACUGACUGAACGAUAAACUAACAUAAAUUAACUUUCAUUGGAGAAAACAUCCCCUCGGGUCUGCUCAUCCUUCCAGAGUCAGACUCAUGUCUGUCCGACCAGGAUGUGUUCAGUCUCGCUAACAUUUAGAAAAAUACUGUGUAAACCUGCAGCUUUCUAUCUUUAUGCUAAGCUUGGCUAACUGUGUUCUGACUGCAGCCCUGUAGUGACAGAGAUACCUGACUGAGAUUUCUCUAUAGACCUCACUCUCAGAAACAAAGAGUCACUGAGCAGGAUCAGUGUGAGUUCAGGAUGUGAAGUUUACAGUGACAGACAGACCAAAGACUUCCUCUGAGUCCAGCUGAUUACAGCUGAAUGACUCUUGACGAUCUCAGGGUCAUUUGUCUUUUCUCCCUGGUGAUCAGCAGCUCUGCAGCUCCUCCUCAGUGCUUCUGCUCGGUUUGUUUCAGAGCUCUGCUGUCCGGAAACAUCCAAAUCAUCUGUGUUUGUAUCACAGGCCUGAAGAGACCAAUGUCAAACUGUGAACACUAGAAAUAAAGACGUGUGAAACCUCCAGA